UCUACACAAAUGUGUAACCAAGCAGUUGUUUCUAGGGGCAACCAAACAGUGGGCUUGUUGCUGCUCCUGUAAAACUCAUUCUCUGAAUGAGGGAGAAUUCGAAUACCUUCGAAGAAAAGCCCUAAAAGAGACGGGAAGGGUGGGAGGAGAGAGGCGGGGGAAAAUAGAUUGGAGAAAAAUAUUUUUGGAACAGGCCUGUUACGAUGACAGCUAUGGUCAUGGAGGAGAGCAUUUAUAAUCUUCUACCUCAGAUUGUGGAGAAGUCUCAGAUAACAGAGAAGCCUAGGUAUGGGAACAAGAAUCUUUCCCCUGGCUGCUGUUCUGACAUGUUUUGCAUUUAACAAUCACUGUUUUGUAUCAGCAUUUAGACCAUAUGUGAAACGUGCAAUACAGCAAAGUAAAUCUCCAUGGAAAACAAUUGGACCCCCAAAAGUCCAAGUGCCCUCUCCAAAAAACUUCCUUCAGAAACAUUCAAAAGAACCAAAGUUACCAACAAAAAAAAAAGAUAAACGCAGCAAAAAAGCACCAGAACUAAGUGUGCCCAAAAGAACAGAUCAUCCGGUAAUGGGAGUUCAGUGUACAAGAAAUUUCAUAAAUACAAAUGCAAGUAAUGCUAUUGUGGCAGUACCCAAGAAACCAUUACCAGUCUAUGUAGACAGAAGGCAAGGAGACAGAUUUCUUCUGGAAACUUCAGGUCUUGUUCCAAAGUAUCUCAAGAAAAAGGAUUAUGGAGAGAUUCCAAAAUAUGUAAUAAAGCGAAAUGAAGAUACAAAAAAAGCGCAGGAAGAAUAUGAUGACUAUGUCAGGGAGACUCUCAGACAAAAAGCCAUGAAACGGCUCACAGAGGCAGAGAGAGAAACUCUUUUAGAGGGUCUCAAAACGAACUGGGAGGAGGUGCAUCAGGCGUUCCAAAACCUUUCAGUAGAGAUAGAUACUUUACCAAAGAAGCUUUACAAAGAAAAGCUGGAAACAGACAUGAAACAGUUGGAACUUGACAUUCAUACAAUUGAGAAACACAAAGUUAUUUACAUAGCAAACAAAUGAGGAUGUCUUUUGAGAAUAAUUUUUGUGUUAGAUAGUUUACUUACAGUGGAGAUAUAAAUCGCACAUAUAAGUAGAAAAACAUUUGAGGUUUUAAAAUCUUUGUUAAAAUUUAUCAUAUUUUACAUUUUGUUUCCUUUUAGAUGAUUAUUUAUUUUUCCAAUA